CUCUUAACUGCCACAUGAGUGUUGCGUACUCUUGUCCCCCAUACCCAUCUCCCUUCCUUCCUUCCUUCCAUUUCUAUUCCUUCCAACUUCCAUUUUCUCUCUCCCAAAUCCGAAUGGCCACCCCCAAAUUACAUUCAAUAACCCUACUACCAUUUCUCUCUCCUCUCUUCUUCUUCUUCUUCUUCACGCUCUCCAUUGCCGACGAUGCCGCCGUCAUGUCCAACCUCCGCAAGUCACUCACCGGAGCCCCUUCCGACUGGUCCACCACCUCCUUCUGCAAGUGGUCCGGCAUCACCUGUGACACCUCCAACCGCGUAACCUCCAUCAAUCUCCCCAAGAGCUCCAUCUCAGGAACCCUCCCUUCCGAUCUCAACACCCUCACGCAGCUAACCACUCUCUCCCUCUCCUCAAACGCGCUCUCCGGCGCGUUGCCCUCACUCGCUAACCUCACCAUGCUCCAAACCGUACUACUAGACCAAAACAACUUCACCUCAAUCACCAAAGCCGCCUUCUCGGGACUCACGAGCCUCCAGGAGCUAAGCAUGACCACCAAUGUCAACCUCCAGCCCUGGACAAUUCCCACCGAGUUGACUCAGUCUACCGAACUCGUCACCCUCGAUCUCGGCACCACCAACCUUUUCGGCACCUUGCCGGACUUCUUCGACUCGUUUCCUGGCCUUCAGAAUCUCCGCCUCUCCUACAACAAACUCACCGGUCAGCUGCCCCGGUCACUCGCCGGAUCUUCCGUACAGAAUCUCUGGCUCAACAACCAGGACGAUAGCGCUGGGUUUACCGGCACCGUCGAUGUACUCGCGUCAAUGACGCACUUGAAUCAGGUCUGGCUUCAGAAGAAUCAGUUUACCGGUCCCAUUCCGAAUUUGUCAAACUGCACCGAUUUGUUCGAUUUGCAGCUUCGCGAUAACCAGUUAACCGGCGUUGUACCCGUUGCACUGACCACAAUGUCGAGUUUGAGGAACGUUUCUUUGGACAAUAACAGACUCCAGGGUCCGACUCCGGCGUUCGGGAAAGAUGUGACGGUCACGCUUACUGGGCUCAACAGAUUUUGCGCGAAAGCUGGAGAGUCUUGUGAUGAUAGGGUGAACACCCUUCUUGCCGUUGCGGCCGGGUUUGACUACCCGUACCGGUUGGCGGACUCUUGGGAUGGCAACAAUCCUUGUAAUGAUUGGACCUCUGUUGUGUGCGUUGGGGAGAAGAUUGUGACCUUGAAUUUCAAGAAUCUUGAUUUGAACGGGACGAUCUCGCCGGCUUUGGCGAAUUUAACGGAUUUGAAGAACUUGUAUCUGAAUGACAAUAAUUUGACAGGCUCAAUACCGGAGAGUUUGACGAGUUUGGCUCAGCUCGAGGUUCUGGAUGUUUCUAAUAACAAUUUGACGGGGAAGAUUCCGAGUUUCCCUUCUAAGGUGAAGUUCAGCCAUGGUGGCAAUGCUUUGCUUGGGGUUUCUGGUGGAGGUGGAGGAAGUGGGAAUGGCUCAUCUUCAAAUUCUGGUGAUGCACCAAGUGGAAGUCCUUCUAAGGCAUCGAGUGGUACUUCGCUUUCUCCUGCUUGGAUUGUAGGUAUAGCCAUUAUUGCCGUGUUUUUCGUUGCAGUUGUUUUGUUUGUGUUUUGCAAGUGUUAUGCCAAGAACAGGCACAAGAAAUUUGGAAGGGUAAAUAACCCUGAAACAGGGAAAGGAGAGGUUAAGAUUGAUAUGGUGGGUGCUUCCAGUUCCAAUGGAUUUGUGGGAGCAGGGGGAGCAACAAGUGAGUUGCAAAGCCAGGGUAGCGAGCAAAACGAACAGCUCCCUGUUUUUGAAGGUGGGAAUGUCACAAUUUCGAUCCAAGUUCUUAGGCAAGUUACAAAUAAUUUCAGUGAGGAUAACAUUUUGGGUAGGGGAGGGUUUGGUGUUGUGUAUAAAGGGGAAUUGCAUGAUGGGACUAAGAUUGCAGUGAAGAGGAUGGAAUCGGUUGCAAUGGGAACCAAAGGAAUGAAUGAGUUUCAAGCAGAGAUUGCAGUUCUAACUAAAGUUAGGCAUAGGCAUUUGGUUGCUCUUUUAGGAUAUUGCAUGAAUGGCAAUGAAAGACUUCUUGUGUAUGAGUAUAUGCCUCAAGGAACACUAACACAGCAUCUGUUCGAUUGGCAUGAGAAUGGAUGCGCUCCUUUGACAUGGAAACAAAGGGUGGCAAUAGCCCUGGAUGUAGCAAGGGGAGUGGAAUACUUGCACAGUUUAGCUCAGCAAAGCUUCAUUCAUAGAGACUUGAAACCCUCGAACAUUCUGUUGGGUGAUGACAUGAGAGCUAAGGUUGCUGAUUUUGGUUUGGUUAAAAAUGCACCUGAUGGAAAAUAUUCAGUUGAGACACGGUUAGCUGGAACGUUUGGAUAUCUUGCACCCGAAUAUGCAGCUACUGGGAGAGUGACAACAAAAGUCGACGUCUACGCAUUUGGGGUAGUUUUGAUGGAACUUAUUACAGGCAGAAGGGCCUUGGAUGAUACCGUGCCUGAUGAUAGGUCACACUUGGUUUCAUGGUUCCGCAGGGUACAAAUUAACAAGGAGAACAUCCCAAAGGCAAUUGAUCAAACCCUUGAUCCUGACGAGGAAACCAUGGAGAGCAUUUAUAAGGUGGCUGAGCUUGCAGGCCAUUGCACUGCGCGCGAACCGUACCAAAGGCCUGAUAUGGGGCAUGCGGUGAAUGUGUUGGUCCCCCUUGUAGAGCAAUGGAAGCCUACAAACCAUGAAGAAGAAGAAGGUUAUGGCAUUGAUCUCCACAUGAGCCUUCCUCAAGCUCUCAGAAGGUGGCAAGCCAAUGAAGGUACUUCCACCAUGUUCAAUGACAUGUCCUUCUCCUCACAAACGCAAUCGAGCAUUCCGGCGAAACCUUCUGGGUUUGCUGACUCCUUUGAUUCAAUGGAUUGCCGGUAACAAAAACGAAAUAAUUUUGGGAAGCUUGUUAAGAUGUUUUGACCAACCGGCACCACCAAAGUGUAUCAGAAAUAUAAUUUAUUUAUUUUUUAAAAAUGUAUUUUAUUUACCAUUCUUGGCUUCUUGCAUUCUUCGAUUAAAGUUUGAUGAUCUAUUGAUUCUUUUUAAUACUGUAGUCUGUAGAUUUUUUUGGUGACUACUGUAGUCUGUAGAUUGGUUCUAGUCUUCUAGACGCAGUGGAUGGUUGCGCCCGUAGAAAAAAUGUUAAUUGUAUGAUAUCGUUUUUAACAAAUUUUACUCAGAAGAGUAUUUAUUCUUUUUAAUUAUAUGUUAUA